CGGAGGAGAGUAGUGGUACGUUAUCAAAAAACCGCGCGCCGUUCCGCCAUUACGUUUUGAAGGAAUAGUAUCCUUGUGGUACGCCAGGCUGCGCUAGAUUUAGCCUCAUGUAUAUUUCCCUUUUCUACUCGUCCUCCAUCACAGACCCCGUCACCCACCUGCCUAUGGUUUCCAGAUUCUAGUCCAGUAUGUAAUAAAUGUUACAUUUGUAUUUGUAUUAUCUAUGGUUCAUGCAUUUUAGUUCUUACUGAUUACAGACUACGGUUAUUGUCGGUAAGACGUGCACGUGUUUGAAAUGUUUUGUUUUUCAUUUUUUCCUGUUAUUUUUUGAUUAUUCGCAAAUUUGAAAUAAUUUUGUUGCAUUGGAGCACCUACUUUGAUUUUUAGUUACCUAUAACAUAGUACAUCAGCUAUGGAAGAAGUCGAAUGUCCAUAUAGAGCCGAGUAUGCUAAAAGUAAUCGAUCAAAAUGUAAAACAUGUAAACUCGGUAUCGAAAAAGACCAUUUAAGGCUUGCUGUUAUGAUUCAAGUAAGCUUAAUAUAAUUAAUAAUAUUAAUUUAUUAGUUUUAUUAAAUUUUAAAUUUUAUAUUAUUAUUGUCUAUAGUCUAUUAAACUUACCUAUAAUUCAAUUUUUUUAGAUUAAUAGGUGUUUGUAGUAUUAUACUUAGUUUAGUUUAUGUUAAUAUUUGAAGAAUAUGCGAACAAAUUUAAUUUAUGUUUAGUCUCUAGUUACAGUAAUGCAAUCACGUUUGCUUACUAAUGAUAACGAUUUAUAAAUAAGCUAUUCAAUUUAUCAAUUUAAGAGCCAUUUUCUCGGAAAGUAUUAAUUUUUUUUCGUAAUUUAACAUAGAACAUUUUAGAUACAAAUAGCUCAACAAUUUCACAUUCAUGUUAUUUUUGAGGUAAAAUCACUAUCUACUUUUGAUUUUUAAAUGGCAACCUAUAUUAAUAAUUAUAUAAAUACAUGGAGUAUUAGUAUAAUAAAUUUUUGUAUUGAAAUUUUUGAUUUCAGUUAACCUGUUGAGAUAUUCCACUUUUAAGUUAUGAUUGUGGGAGAGAAGUAAAGCAUAAUUUGUGUGGUGCCACUGUGCUUAGUGUUUUAACAAUGCACCACUAGAUUUUCUUUACCUUUAUUCCAGCUAUUCUGCCUACCUGUUCUACCUUCAUUUUAAACUUCCACUUGACCAUAUCUAUCACUUCACAUACACUGGCUGCCUUUAUAUCGUUCACAAUCAUAUUCAAUCACUUAUUUUUAAGGAUUUCUUUUCUUCUAUUUCCUCCUAUAUUUAUUUUCAUUACCAUUCUUAUAAUUCCUUUCUCUUCAUGACAUGGCUAAUUCAUAUUUGUCUAUUUUAUCUUAUCUGUUGUAUUUUUCUGUCUAAUGCCCAAUAUUCCGGACUAUACAACAUAUUCAGUUUCACCUAACUCUUGUAGAACUUACCAUUAAGUCGCAUUGGAAUUAUUUUGUCAUAUAAAACAUCUGAUGCUUCUCACUAUUUAAUUCAACUAUACUUAUUUCUAUGUUGCAUACUGUUUUAUUUUUUUGUUUCUGCAUACAUCCGAGAUAAGACAAUUAACCCAAGUCUUGUUUAGUAUUCCUCAAACUCAUUGACAAACAUUUUACAUCGGCUAUUGACCUGACAAAACCCUGUUGGUCGUCUCUUACAACAGAUAGAUGUACUGUGGGAGUAUAUUGAUUCCCCUCUCACAUGGAUAUAAUUUGUCAAAAAUAUUACUUUAAACAUUUUAAUGUACUAUACAUUUAUUACUAUUCGAUAGUUUCUUAGUAAUAGCCAUUUUAGUUUCUAACAUAAUACAUACUUUUUAGGUACAUAGGUACAUAAUAAAAUAAAUUAUUGUUAAAAAGUCAUCAGUUGACAGUUUUAUUAACUGCAUUACAAUUAUGGUUUCUUAUUGCAUAACAUGGUAGUCUAUUGAAUACAACUUUUUCACACUUUUUCUCUUGAAAUUAAUAAUGUUAUUACCCAGAAUAGUAAUGAUCUAUUUUAAAAAUUUUGAAAGUGAACAAAUAAAAAAAUAUUUUUUUCUAGUGAUUAAUGGGUGAUAUUGAAAAUUUAAUUUUUCUCAUAAUAAAUGUAGUGUACCCCCUCCUACGAAAAAAAAAUUUUAAUUUUAAUUUCAAUAAUAGUUAUUAGCAUCUGGAAAACAUUGUAUGGUAUCCUGUGUACCUAUAGAGUGAUUCAUUUAACAUAAAUGCUCAAUAUGCAAAGUAUUGACUUUAAAAAGUUUUUUUUACAAUUUAAGAAAUAAGCUUAUGAAAUUUAUGAUGAAGUUAUACGUUAACACUUUGAGUUCUGAUGUCUGUGUUGUCGACAAAACGAAUUCGUUCUCUGCACCGGGUGUCGAUAACUUGUCAUUAUUUUCUUAGCUCUCCCAAUAAUAUGCUAUAAUUAGUCAUUUGUUCUUGCAACUCCCUAUAGGUAAGACUUUUUAUAUUGUUAAAUUUUUCAUCGUUUGUGUUUUGAGAUUAAUAAUUUAAGAGUCAUUGAUUAAACUCAAUGUUAAUCAAAUUAACUAUUUCACGACAGUCUAUUGGACUAUGAUAACACUCAUCAAUACUUUGGAAUUUGAACAAUGUAAAUUAAAAUAAGCGUAUAUAAUAUGCAACAUACAAUAACACAAGUGUAUAUCCUUUUAUAUCACUUAAAAGAUACAUAGGUACUGGUAAAAUAUACUAUAAACAGCAUGAACUGUAAAAUAUGCAAUUAUAUUAAAAUAAAAUUUAGGAUUUAGAUUCUUUACAUGAUGAAUAGUAUAUUUAUGAUUGACUGCUAUUUUUUUAAUCUUUCACAAAUAAUAUGCAAAUGCUUAAAGUCCCCAAUCCUAGACUAAUUAUCAUAUCUUUAUUAAUAUGAAUUUAUUUACUGUGUUUUAUUUUUAUAUAAAUUUAUUUAUAGACAAUUUGUAAUUAAUAAUUAAUAAUAGGUACUGUACAAUUUAUUUUUGACAUUCAUAGUAAAAUUGACUUAUGGCAUUAUUUUGCCAUAGUAAAUAGAAUUAUAAAUGGCUUAUGUUACUAAGUAAUAACAUAAAACUAAAUUUAAAUUUAUUUAAUGAGUCAAUAAUACCUACUCUUUUAAUUAUUUCUUUGCAUUCCUGGUCUAAAAUACUAUUAUAAUGAAUACUUUCCAUACUAAAUCAAAUAGAAUAUGAAAAAUACAACAUGCAUUUGUCUCAUAACUAAUAUAUUAGUUUUAACAGUGUUUUAGCUACUACUAAACAGCAGUGUUGGGAAAGUUUCUUUUAAAAAGAAAUUUUUUCCGUUCCUUACUCCUUUUUUUUUUUCGUGAUACUACCGAUUACAUAACAAAAAAUAUAUUGUGAAUGGGUGUAACUACUGUUAGGUGGGAAAUUGAGAAGUAGGAUAGCUAAAAUUGGAAACUAUUCUUAUUAGAAUCUGCAUGUUAAAAAUCCUAAUAAAUUAAAUAAAAUUAAUUUUCUAGUUGCUACUCUAAAAAAUUGAAAAACAUAUUACUUGAAAGGUUAAUGUAAAUUAUUUGUAAAUUUGAGGUUUGUCAUUAACAAAUAAGUUAUAUCGUUUGUUACCAUUUGAAACCAUCAUCAUCAAGAUACUGUUUAUAUCACAGUUGUAUAUAACUAAAUUAAUAAUUGACAAAGUAAUACCAACACCAAACAAUUUCUAAACAAUAUUAUCACUAAAAUAACAUGUGUUUCAUUUUUCUAAUAGAAGGAACUGAAAUUUGAGUUCACGUUCCACAUAAAUAAGAACUUUUCCUGUUCUUCGUUUCUAUGAAAGAUACCUGUCCUUUCCCAACACUGCUAAGCAGUAUAAGUGCUUUUAUUACUAAGAACACCAAAGUAUUAAAUUACUUAUAUAAAUAAUCAAUGUAUUAAAUAUUUUAGCUGAUCUUUUUUUGUUUUUUUAUUUGGUGAGCUAUUUUUGAUGGAAUAGUUAUAAAUUAUAAUUAAUGUUUAAUAAUGUUUAAUGACUUUAAUAUUUAGAUAAUAUUGUUGAAAUUUAUUCCUUUUUUCAUUUUCAGUCUCCUUUAUUUGAUGGUAAAGUACCCAAUUGGUACCAUUUCAAUUGUUUUUUCAUAAAACAGAGGCCUAAAGAUACUACAGAUAUUGCUCACUUUGAGUCUAUUCGAUGGGAAGACCAAGAAAAAAUAAAAACUAAAUUAGGUAAUUAUGAAAACUUUGUUUAAUAGCUCGAUAUGUCUUACAAUAUUUUCAAAAUGUAUAAAUUGAUAAAACUUGUUGAAGUUAUAUAUUUUAUGCAUUUAAUUUAGUUACAUUAAGUACUCUGAAAAUUAACAACAUUUGGUAUUAAACAUGCAUGUUCAAGUACGCCGUUCUCAAUGAAUUCUAUUCAGUAUUUUCCCUUUCCUAAAUAUAUUAUAUAUUUUGUUAGUAACAUACACUUAUCUCUUUGAUAGGUUUUUAUUUAUAUAUACAGUGAACCCUACCUAUAAGGGACACUCACGAGACAAUCAAAAAUGUCCGUUGUAGUAAGGUUAUUUAUAGUAUUUUUAUAGUCAACUUUGUUUAGCUACUUGCAUUUCCUCGAUGCUUAAUUGUUCAGCAAGUUGUAAGAAGAGUCCUUUAUAGACAAGUUGGAAUACAUAGAAAUACUUAUCUUUUUUGUCGGGACUUCAUUAUUUUGUCUGUUAAGAGAGAUGUCCUUUAUACACAAUUGUUAAGACAGGUUUCUCUGUUUAAUAAAAUACUAAUAUUUGUUUAUUUAUAAAUUAAGUUAUACUGAUUGAUCCAUAUUAAACAUAUUAAUGCUGCUUUGUUUUUAUUAAAAUUGAUAUUAUUUAGUAAAUAUUAUAAUUAAGACCUGGAUUUCAAUGUAAAGUGCAUCUUUGAUGGGUGAUCUUAGACAUUACUUUCUAAUUAUAUAAUUUAUUUUGUGUAAUUCAUACUUCAAAAGCAAAACUUUUAUUUUGCAUUUUUUUGAAAUUUGUUUUAUUUUAAUAUUUGUAUAUUGUAUAAGUUAAUAGUUUAAAUUUAGUUAAUUAAAAAUAUAUUCUAAGAUAGUUUACUUGAUAUUUAGUUUGAUAGGUUUUUCCAUACAGGCCGUCAGUUGAUCUAUGAUUUUGAUAACAGCAUUAGGCAAAUUUUGCAAUUUUCAGUUUUUUUUUUUUUUAGGAUAAAUAAAUUUAAAAAAAAUAUUUUAUGACAUUUCUGCUAUUUUCAAAGUAUCUUUUAAUGGUUUUACACAGUUAAAUCUGGGUUUUAGUAAUAAUUAUUGUGUUAAAAUUAAAAAUAAUAAUGCAAUAUUACAUUUUGAGGAUUUUACAGUACUAACCUCAAACCUCAAAGUGUAUCUUUGUGAAAUACAAAAUAUAAUAAUAAUUUAUAUAAAAUAUUGUACAGGUGAUUAAUAUUCUCUGUAAGACAUUUGUUAUCUUAGAAAUUAUUAAUAUUUUUCAGAUUUUUAUGUUUUUAAACAUUUUGAAAUAAACAGCUCUAAAAUAUUAUAUUAGCCUGAUUUUUUAUUACCCUUAUGUUAAGGGAUAAAAUCACUAGAUACUUUUGAAUUUUAAAUGACAUCAUUAAUUUUCAUCAACAAGUAUUUAUAAAAAACAUUUAAUUUAGACAUUUUUAUUUUUGCGUCAGUAAUUUGUUAUAGUGAUGCAUUGUGAGACACUAUGAUUUUCAGAAGCAAUUAAUUUUGCAAUAACUAAUUUAAUACUUAGGUAUUUCUUAUUAACAUCAUUAUUAUAAUAUUAGUAAUAAAUUAUUGGCCUUAUCUAAAUAUGCAUCCAGUAAUCUUAAGAUUAUGUUUAAUAGUUGACUACUCAACACUACUAGUUAUUACAAAUUCAUCUAUUUGACUGAGGUAUGUCUCGGACAUGAUUCAUUGGAAUUUGAAUCUGUAAACUGUAAAAUUAUUUAAAUAUAAUUUUAUUAAUAUUUACUGUUAAAACCAUUUAAAAUAUAAGUAUAAAAAGUAAUUUCGAUCCCAAAUCUAAGUGAUAAAAAUUCUGUAAAUACAGAUGCUUGAUUCUUAAAUUUUCAAUAAAAAAAAAAAUUAAAAAAGUUGAUAUUCCUUCUUCCUUGAAAUAUUACGUUAUACUUACCAAUGAUCACUAUAUAUUAGUAUUGAAUUAGGUAAAAUAGUGGAUCUAUAGCAAAAUAAUACUAAAAUGUAGUUUGGCCUUAUAUUUAGGUUGUUCAUUUAUUGGAAAAUUACUGUGCUAAUUUAUUUAACUAAAUUCAUUUUAGCUUCUCUUGUUGGAACUGCUGUUACACCAGUAUCUGUAAAAAAAAAAUCUGGCCCACAAAAGAAAAACCUAGAUUUUAACGUGGAAUAUGCCAAAUCUGGAAGAGCUGUUUGUUGUGGAUGCCAAGAAAAAAUUGUAAAAGUAUGAUUUUUUAAUUUUUAAUUAUCUGUUUUAUUUACAAACAUUGAAUUAAUCUUAAAAACUAGUUUUAUAUUAAUACAACAUAAUACAUUUUAAGUGUUAAAUGUUUAUUAUAAAGGUGUAUUGCAGCAUCUUUAUUCUAGGUAUAUAAAUAAUUUAAAAAAUCAUUAUUUUAAGACAUUUUUUUUUUUAAAAGUUAAUAUUAGUUUAAAUACAUAGUAAAAGUUGUACAGGUUGACUUUUAUUCAAUAAAUACUAAUUCAAGUUUAUACUGUUUUAUUAUAUUAUCCAGUAACAGUAGUGAUAUCUCAUAGGAAACAACAAUAAUAGUGAAUAAUUUACCUAUAACCGAUUUUGUAAUGAUUAAAAAAAAAAAGAAAAAAAAAAAACCAGAAAUCAAAUUCACUUAAAAUCCUCAGAGGAAAUUACUAGUUCAUGAUAAAAAAUUAACCCUAUAUGUGUACAUAACAAUUAACUCUUGCUAACGAAAAUGAUUCCGAGUGGAGUUUGGUUAAUAAUGUUGCCUUUUUCAGUAAAAUUUCUGGUAGAAAGUUGUUCACUGGAAAAAAAAUGCCGUAAUAUUUUUUAACUAAUACAUUUUGUACUUUUUUCUGUUUUUUUUCUGGUUUUCCCAUUGAGAAAAUCAAAAAAAAUGACCUCCCUAAAGUACCGUCCCGAUCAAAUUUCCUUUUCAAAAAAAUGAUAUACUUAAAAAUCGGAGAAAAGUUGUUCACAAAUAAUAAUAAUAAUAACAAUAGUAAUAAAAACAAUGUAAAACCAAUACAUUCCUCGUCUGCUUAAAAUCUAAAAUAGACUAUUACUUCUAAUGAUUUAUUUUAUUCUCAAUUUUAUUGUAUUAUACAUUGUACCUAAUAUAUUUGGUAAAUAUUUUUAAAUAAUUUUGUUUAGCUUUUUAAUGUAAUCAUUUUAUUUAUAAAUUUGUAGAGUGAUGUCCGCAUUGGUAAAAUGGAUUAUGAAAGUGAAGAAGCACGACGUUUUGGUGGUUUAAAUAGAUGGUAUCACGUGGAAUGUUUUGUUAAACUUAGAGAAGAAUUAGAAUUUACAGGUCUUGCUUCUUCAUUAAAUGGAUAUAAUAUUUUAAAUGCAGAAGAUAAAAAUAACCUUAAAAAUCUAUUACCUAUCCUAACAGCAAAAAGAACUAAGUGAGUGAUUUUUGGAUUUUGUAACUGUUUAUAAUUAAACCAUACCCUUCUUUAGUACUAGUAGUUCAGAUUUAACUGAUGGACCCAGCGCUAGUAAAAAGUUAAAGUUGAAUGGUGACAAUUCAAGACUUGAGUCUGAGAAGAAAGCUCAAAAUAAAUUGUUAUUUAAGUAUGUAGAUUAUUUGAAAUCAUUGAAGAGUAGUAUAUGUAAAGAGCUUUUGGUAUACAACAAACAAGAAAUACCAGAUUCAAAUCUUGGAGCGGUGUGUAGAUGAAAUUCUAUAUUUAUAAUACAAUAAAAUAGUAUAUUAUUUAAUUAUACAAAUUUAAUUAGUUUAUACCAUCUCUGAUUUUGAACUAGGUUUAAUGAACUAUAAUGUAUAUAGAUGUGAUAGAAAGACUUUACGGUCCUGAUGGGUUAUCAAUUUCUGUUUUGAAUUCAGGCUUAUGAUAUUGAUAUGACUACUUUUUCAAAAAUCAAUGGAGUUUUAUGUCCAAUUUUCUCGGACAUUCUAAAAAUUAGUUUGUUAACCCCUUUCCACAAAUCAGGGAAUUCUACCUAAAUUAACAAUAUUUUAGCUAACAUUUAAGUAUUUUUGGACCCAUAUUGUAUAUUAGACAGUCAUUAACUCGAUUAAAACUGGUUCAAAAAAAAAAAGGAAGCUUUGUAAUCCAUAAAUUAAAGAUCAACUAUCCACAUAGCUAUACCUUUAUUUUUAAUUUAUUCAACUUAUUUUCGCACCUAUAAUGGUAUAAUGACCUUAUUACUUCCAAAAUUAAUUAUUUUUCUGAUACAGUUUAGUCUUCUGAUUUUAUUUUAUUAUUAUGUUAUAUUUGUAAAUGAACAAGUUAAAAUAUUUAUGGAAUUAAUUAAGUAAUCAUUUUGAUCUAUAUUUUAGAUUUAUGAUAGAUUGUCAGAUUUAAUGGUUUUUGGUUCUCUACUUCCCUGUGAUGAAUGUAAUGGUCAGUUGGUAUUUAGAAGUGGUUUGGGAUAUCAGUGUUUAGGUUAUAAAAAUGAAUGGUUAAAAUGUGGAAAAAUUUUUGUCGAUCCACCCCGUGUGAAGUUUGAAGUUCCUACUAAUCUUCUUGAAAAAGACAAUUUUUUGUAAGUAAAAAUUAUUUUAAUUUGAAUUUUUUUCCUGCUUCAAAGGGUCAUUCCAUUAUUUUAGUAUGAAAUAUAAAUCCAAAAUACAAAAACGAAUAUUUACACAAGUUGAUAAAACUCAACUAAAGGAAUCAUCGGCUGUUAAAAAUGAAAAAGGAAUGUAAGUUAAAAUUAAAAAUUUACUUUUGUUUACAUACAUUUGUAUAUUAUGUAUUUAUUUCAGAGUUAAAGUUACACGCAUUCUACCAUUAAAAAAUAUGGAGUUUACAACAUUAAUGAAGGGUACAGAGUUAAAAAAUAUAAAAUUUCAAGUGGCAAAACUUGGUGGUACAAUAGUUACUCAAUGUACUGAAAAUGUUGCUGCUGUUCUUGCAAAUUCGGGUAUUCUUUAAUUACUUCUAAUAAUUAAUAUAGUCUAAUAUGUUUUCACUACUCAACUUUUUUAAUUUUUUUUUUUUGGGUAAAUUUUGCAUAUAUUCAAAUUCUGAUUUUUGAAAAUUUAAAGUGUAGUUAAAGCCGAUAUUUUUGAAUAUUUAUAUUUUUCAUAGCAUUUAAGGAGUAUCUUGUGGUGAUAUGAACUUCUAUUUUUCAAAUGAGAGCCUAUAUUAAAAAUUCCAUAAAUCGAUCAAUUAUUACUUUAAAUAAAUUUUGGUGUUAAAAUUGUUGAUUUCCUUCAACCUAUUGAUGAGAUAUUUUACUUUUAAAUUUAGGUAUGGGGAGAGUAAUGGAGUAUCAUUUGUGUGACGGUAUGGUACUCCACUACUCCCCCUACUUAAACUUAUAAGUUUAAGUAGGGGGAGUAACUUAUAAGUGAUGCAUUUAUGUGUAUCUAUAGGUUAGACAAAUCACUUUGUUAGUACUCGUACAUAAAAUGCAUUAUCACCAGUAACUAAUAACUGGGGUUCAGAUGUUUAUGAAAUUGCAUAUUUUUUUCUGUCUAUCCAAUUCAGUGCUGACCUGGAUACAAAUUUGUACUAAAUCAAUACUAAAUCAAAUAAUACUAUUUUUAUUUUGCAUAUUUUAUGGUUUUGUAUUUUAAAUGCAUAUUUCAGUGUAUUUUCAAACUUUUUUUAAAAAAAUUUAAAUUAAUAACGAAAUUUAAAGCAAAUACACAUUAAAAAAAACAUUGUACAUAUCAAAGUGUUACACUUUUGUUGUAAAUUAAUUCAUUCAAAUAACUACUAAAACAAUUAAAAACAUAAGUAUUUAACCCUAAUUAAGGUAAAAUACAUUUUUUUUGUGCAUAUUUUUUUUUUUUUUUAACUAAAAAUGGUAUAUUUUAUAAUUUUUAGUGCAUAAUUAAAUUGUAUAUUUGGUAAUUUUUUAGUGCAUAAAUGCAUGCAUAUUACAGUUAUUUUAAGUGCAUAAACAUCUAGAUCCUACUUAUAACGUAAUCUAUUUUUUGAUAUUUUCACAAUUGUCAGUUUACAUCCAACAUUUUCAAUAAAAAAAAAAAACUCAUACAAAUCUGUUAAUUAAUGUUUGUUUAUAAAAUAUAACAAGCAUAGACAUGUUUAGGGUGAAUAAACUAAUAUUAUUUCUAAUAUUUAGGUACCUAUUAGAUUCACUAUAAUAGAAAUGUAUAAUAUAAUAUUAGAUAAACCUAUUCGGUUCUCUCUGAUUCAAAAUAUUUUCGUAGUCAUUGGUGAUAUUGACAAAUAAAAUUUUUGUUCUUCUUGUCAUUAAGGUCGGUGGACCAUAAUAUUAACAAAUGUGUUUUCAUUAUUUUUUUAAAUAUUCCAAUGUUAAUAUUUGAAGUAUAAAAAAUAAUAUUUUUCUUUAACAUAUAAUGGACUAGGAGUGUGGUGAACCUUUAUAUUAUACAUCACCUACAUAAAAGUAUUUAAAAUACAUUAUUAUAAUAAAAUAUUUUGUAAACUUUGCUAAUUUAUAAAAAUGUAUCAUUUAAAUAUUUAAUUUCGGAGUGUAGCGAAUGUUAAGAUGAUGUUUUUUUUUGUCUAUGAAUGAUUUUUUACCGAAAAAUUUACUCCAAUUUUCAAGUGUAUUAUCUCUUCUGAAAGACAAUUUUAUCUGGGUGGUACUUUAUAGAAGUCAUUUUUUGAUUUUCUAAACAAUUUUUAUAGUUGAGAAACUUUGGAAAAACUGGAAAAUUUAAAGUAUAAAAACAAAAACUUCGAUCCAAAUUGUAUUUUGUUUGCAAUGGUUUAUCAUUGCGUACAAAUAUAAAAUAAUUUGAAUCUAUAUCCUACCCUUUCAAACUUUUUUUCUAUAACAGUGGUCCACCCAUUGUGCGAAGUAUAUCAAUCUUUUUACUGAUAUCAUUUAUAGUUUUUAGAAUUUUAACACUUCAAGUUAACAGAUAAUUUUUCCUACAUUUAUUGUUUUAUUUUUACAGAUAGUAUUAAGAAAAAAAGUGUCAGGGUAAAAGAUGCCGAGGAAUUUAAUAUUGAAGUUAUUGAACCUACUUCAUUUUUUAAUGCUAUAGCUAAUGGUGGAAAUGCAAUUGAGUUGAUAGUUUCAAAAAAUCUUGCACCUUGGGGAGGAAAUGUAAAUAUUAUAAUUUCAAUUUUUAUAAUAAUUUGUUUAUUAAUAAUAUAUUAAUUCGUUUUUUUUUCUUUUUUAAUAUAGGCAAAACAGAGAAUAGAAAAAAGGCAAAAUGAAUUGGAAACAGAACAGAUGCAUAAAAGUAGUUUAAAAAGUAAAUCUCAUGGAAAAAGUAUGUUUGAAAAAAGUGCACCAACAAGUGUUAAGUUGAAUUUAAAAGGAGGUGUUCCUGUUGAUCCACAAUCAGGGUUAGAACAUAAAGCACAUGUUUAUAAACACAAAAAUGAAGUAUGGAAUGCAAAUUUAUGUUUGUCUGAUGUACAGACUGAUAAAAACUCCUACUAUAAAUUGCAACUUCUAGAGUCCGAUAAUAACAAAAGGUAUUAUAUUCAUACUAAAUCAAAAGAAUUAUUUAAUACAGUACACAUUAUUUUUUAACAGAUACUGGGUGUUCCGUUCAUGGGGAAGAAUCGGUACUACUAUAGGUAGUUUUAAAACACAUAAGUUUGAUUCACUAGAGGAAGCUCAAGAUCAAUUUAGAAUGUUUUAUUUAGAUCAGACUGGAAAUUUGUGGGGGAAUAAGAAUUUUGUUAAAAUACCUGGUAAAAAAGUUCCAAUUGACACUGAUUAUGGACAGGUAAUAAAAUAUGUAUGAAUUAUUUAUAACAAAAUAACAAUCCAUUUUUCUCUAUUAAAAGUCUUUAUUUUUGUUUUUUAAAUAGUUCAUUCAAUUUUGCAUAAUUAUUUUUUCAACAUUAUUUAUUCUUGUGUUUAGAAAUUUCUAGAAAUAUAUUGACUUCUGAUUUUAUUAUCUUGUUACAUUUCUAGUAACGUGAGAAAUUUAUAAGCAAUGAAUAAUAUUUAAUAUUAAUUAUAUUUAAACCAAUUAAAUUUAGGAUACUAAAAUUUAUUAAUAUUUAUCCUUAAAAUUAAUAAUAAUACAUUUUAAGUUAAAAUAAUUCUAUAAGUUUUGAUAAAUGUAAAUUGAAUAUUUAACAUAUCUACUAACAAAUCCAAUCAGACUUGAUUAUUUCUAAGUUGAAGGGGCCAGUGGAAAAGUUCAAGAUAUCUAAUUUUUGUUUUAUUAUAAUUUUAUUUGUUUUAAUAUUAUUACAAUUAUUUUUAAAUCAUAAACAUUAAAACUUCACGGAGCACUAAAGUUUACACGUUUAUAAGUGGAUAACAUGUCGUAUUGCUGAGUGGUAAACCAGGCUUAUAAAUUGAAGUGAUGUAUAUCAGUAACCAUAACAUUAAUAAACUUAACUUUUGAUAGUAAAUGUGCAUACCUACAUAUGGAAAUACCCAUAUAUCACUGACCCUAAUAAAAUUAAAACUGAGUUAUUCAUAAAAUGUUCGAGUUAAACGUGAUUAUUUUAUGUUCAAAUAUGACAAUCUAGGACCGUAAAACAAGUUUAAGGUAUCAAUGAUUUUGAGUUAAUAAAGUUUAAAUUAAACAAAUUUGACUAUAUUGUAAGUUAAAGUGAACAUUUCUCUUAGUAAUUAAUUAAUUUUAAGAAUAUUUACUUUUAAUACUGUACAUGCAAUUUAUUGAUUUAUUGUACAUUUUUUAAUAUUUUGUUUUACAUAGUCGCGUAUUAUUUUUUUACUGCAAUUAUCUUUUAGUGAUUUUUUAAAUCAAAACUGUUCAUGAAUACACAUUAAACAUAUUGAUUAUACAUUUGUUAACUAUAUUAGGAUGAAACAAAAACUCUUGAUACUGUUAAUAGUAUACCAUGUAAGUUAUCAGAACCUGUACAACAUUUGAUACGUUUACUUUUUGAUGUGGAAUCUAUGAAAAAAGUUAUGUACGAAUUUGAAGUAAGUUAUUUGGAUAACACUACUUAAUAUCUUUAAUUGUUUAAACUGUUCUAUUUUAAAUUUUAUUUUGAUAAUAUAUUAGCUGGAUUUAGAAAAAAUGCCAUUAGGAAAACUGAGUCACAAGCAAUUACAACGUGCUUAUUCCACAUUGAGUGAACUAAAUGAAAUAAUGGAUUUGACUGAUGUAGAAAAUAAAACACAUAAUAUCAUCAUGGCUACUAAUAAAUUUUAUAAUUUGAUACCACACAACUUUGGUGUUAAAUCACUUCAGCUUAUUGAUUCAAAAGAAAUUCUGAAUGUAUGAAAUAGUGUUUUUAACUAAAUAUUUUGUUAUUACCUAAUAUGAAAUACAAAUCUAUUUACAAUGUAUUAAUUUAGACAAAAUUAGAAAUGAUUGGAAGUCUAAUGGAAAUACAAAUUGCUUAUAAUAUGAUUGAAGUUAAAACACAAGAAGACUCUAUGGUACAUCCCCUUGAUACCUAUUAUUUGAAAUUAAAUUGUGAUAUUGAUGUAAGUUAAAUUAUUAUCAGUGAUUAAUUUUAGUUUUCAAUGUACCAUAAAUAAUAUUGUUUAUUUUUCUAUAGGUAUUAAAAUUUGAUACAAACGAAUUCAGUAUUAUUGAACAGUAUGUAAAGAAUACCCACGCUGAAACCCAUAGUACUUAUUCUUUAAAAAUACAAGAUGUUUUUAAAGUUAUUCGUGCUGGUGAAGAAAAACAGUUUAAGCCUUUUAAAAAACUACAUAAUCGUAAACUAUUGUGGCAUGGUUCUCGUAUUACCAAUUUUGCAGCUAUACUUUCUCAAGUAUAAUAUUAUUAAUUUUUUUUUAUUGUUGUUGUAAUCGCGUAUUAAUUAAUUUUAAAUUUAUUUUAUAGGGUUUACGUAUUGCUCCAAAAGAUGCUCCUGUAACAGGAUACAUGUUUGGAAAAGGUAUAUAUUUUGCUGACAUGGUAUCUAAAUCCGCCAACUAUUGUAUGGCUUCCCAUAGCAAUAACACUGGUUUAUUACUAUUGUGUGAAGUAGCAUUAGGCAACAUGUAAGUGUAAUAUGUUAAAAUUGUAUACAUUUAAAAUUUGAACCAAUUAUUUGUUUUUGAACAGGGAUAAACACAAACAAUCCAUAUACAUUGAAAAAUUACCACCUGGCAAGCACAGCUGUAUGGGAAUUGGUAGGACAAUGCCUGAUCCUACUGAAUCAUUAUUGAUUGAAAGCAAGCUUGAAGUUCCUCUUGGCAAACCAGUUCCUUCAAAUGUUGAUAACACCGCAUUAUUAUACAAUGAGUAUCCUUUUUUUACAAAUAAUAAAAUGGUUUUUUUUAAGUUUGUAUAUUUUUUUAACAUUAUAUUGUUCUAAUAGAUGUAUGUAUAAUUCUUUAACUUUUUUUCGUACAGAUUUAUUGUCUAUGACAUUUCACAGGUUAAACUUCGUUAUUUAGUCAAAGUAGAAUUCAAUUUUAAUUAUUAGAUAUAUAACAGUAACCAGCAAACAAUGUAAUAAUAAACUAUUUUUUCUCUUUAUACAUUUUUUUUUACUUCUUAAAAAUAAUAUGGUAAAAUUUUACAUUGAACAAUUACUUUAGCCAGAAAUAAGAUAUGUAAAAUGACCCAAGUUUUUUCAUUAUUUUUUUUUUCUAAUUAAAAAUAAAACAUGAUACAUUUAAUUUGUAGUUACUUAUAACAAGUAAUUAUUAUAUUGUGUACAUUUUUUAAUGAUUUAUGUUAUUAAGUUUUGAUUUCUUUUCUAAAAUGUUAUUUUAUCGAAAAUAUGUUACAAAUUAUAAAUUACAACUGAUAUUAAGCUGUGCGUAAAUUAAUACACUCACAUUUGUCCAUUCAAUUUGUUAUUUAAGCGUGGUUGAAUUGACCUACUGGUUUUCAUAUUAUUUACUGUAGUGUAAAUUAUGUAUGCCUGGAUCACUUGAAAUAUUUAUAGGCAUUUAGCAUUUUCAAUUUUUUUUUAGUUUUUAUGUGAAUAAAAUUGUGUGACCAAACAGGAGUACUAAAAAAUUUAACACGAAGUUCAUUAUUUAUUGUGUUUAAUGUUCAAAAAAAUAAAAGUUGACCUUAAUUUAGUAAUUAUUCAAGUUGUUUUUAUAAAUAAAAAAAGGACGGACAUACUUUGAACGUGCGCAACACUAUUAUUGGAGGGUUGGGAAGGUAGGAUACAGGUGGGAAUUAAAUGUAUAUCUGUAAGUAAAAAUAAACCAUUGCUAACUAAUAAAUGAUUUUCGAGCGGAGUUCAGUUAAUAAUAUUGCUUUGUCAACAGUAUAUUUAUCAUAUUAUGGUAAAAUAAUUACAAACAAUGUGC